CGAAAGCAAAAAUUGAAGAGGCGGCAAAGUUUUUAUUUUUCAAGCAGCGCGGUUAGAGUCUGGCGCCACUAAACCACACCCGCCAAAACUCAUCUUCAAUAUAAACCCUAAUUCCCCCAAUCUCCAAUCACUAACUCAUCAUCCUCCAUCUCUCAAUCUCUCGAUCUCUCUCAAUUUCUCUUUCAAUCUCUGUCUCUUCCAUAAAAUCAAUAAGAUGAUGACGCCGGUGAAGAAACAUCUCUCCAUCAGACCAGUUGAGUUCUACGGCAACGGGCUCCCCCGACCUCGUUUCUUCGAUAAUCCCAAGUUCAACUCUUGCCGUGUUGAUCCGCCGCUCUCUGUUCUAGAUCCUCUCCUCACAUGGGCGAGAGACGCUCACUGGUCCAUGGGUGGUCUCAAUUUCACUCGUCUCCGUCUCCAAGGCCGAAUCGAAGGAAACGUCAACAAGCUCCGUGCUCAGCUUGAGAAAUCUACCCCUGUCAAACUCGAAUCCGGUAUUUCUGAGAGGAAGAAGAAGAAGAGAUCUGGUUCUGAGUCUCCUCCUCCGCCUCCCGUUGUUGUCAAACGAAGGAGAUACUUAGAUCUGAACGAUUCUGAUGAUGAAGAGGUCGGAUCUGAAGAAGACGAAGGUGUGGUUAGUAUCAGGAGAAAGCUCUCUGAUGAGUUUGAUAAAGUCGCUGAAGAUAACAAUCCCCAAGUGAACAAGAAAUCGAUAAAAUCGGAAUUGGUUGAGAAGAUUUUGAAGGAGAAGAAGAAGAAAGUGAACAAGACGAGUUCAACGAGGACAUCACCAAGAUUGGCUAAGCGUAGUUCUUAAAUCUCUACGUAGUGUUUAGAUCUGAAGAGUAGUAUAGUCUUUUUUUUUUUGUAUUUGUGCUUAUAAAAUAUGAACUUCUCUGCUUUUUCCAUGAAUUCGAAACAAAGUAACUUGAUUGA